AAGAUGGCGGCCUUCACGUGUGAUAUUUUUAUCCACGCUUUCUUCUCGCUUCUAGCAUUAUUUGUCGUUAGGUUUGUGAUCGUAAUGAUGAGGAUACAUAAUCCAAAUAAAAAGGGUCCAAUGAACAUAAGAAGAGCCAAUUGCAAAUUGAUGGUGGUUAUGGGAUCGGGUGGACACACGUACGAAAUGGUACAAUUAAUCGCAAGGUUAAAUGAAAAAUACACUCCUAUUGUAUAUAUAAUUGCCGAGACCGAUGUAAACAGCGAAAAGAAGGUUCACGAAUUGGAGACAUUUAAAAUGAUUGUAAAACAAGGAGAAGGCUCGUACCUAAUUGAGAAGAUUCCAAGAAGCAGAGAGCUCCAUCAGUCAUGGCUCUCUAGUGUGGCCACCACGUUAUAUGCUAUUAUAUACAGUAUACCUCUGGUGUUAAAACAUCAGCCUGACUUGAUAAUUUGUAAUGGACCGGGUACUUGCAUACCAAUCUGCGCAGUUGCUUUUUUAAAUAGCGUCGUUGCCAUUAAGAAGAUUACAAUAGUGUACGUGGAGAGUAUCUGCAGGGUGAAGACCCUGUCCUUGUCGGGAAGGAUACUCUACUACUUCGCUGACCACUUUCUUGUGCAGUGGCCUCAAUUGUUCGAAAAAUAUCCGAGAUCCAAAUACUUUGGACGCCUUGUCUCUUGAUCGCAUGUUUAUAUAGCUCGAUAAAUUAAUUUAUAUUUUUGGGCUGUUGACUAUAUACACUUUUUCUACGAGUUCUAACUGAAAGUGUGGUUUUUUAAUAAUCUAGAAGAAGAAUUUGAAAUGUGUGUGUAUAAAUUAAAUUUUUCUGACAAAUGUUCAUUCAUGAGUGUAAAGUACACUUUACACUCAUGAAUGAACAUUUGUCAGAAAAAUUUAAUAUUUUAUAAAAUUCAUUCAAUGUUAUUUUUAAAAUAUUCUAAGAAUUUUUAGAAUUUUAUUUAUUUAUUGAACACAAGAGAAAUCAUGUAUUUUAAUUGUAAUUGUUUUUCUUCUUCACAUUAUCUUAGUUUGUAUUUAAUGUGUAUGCUGUUAUUAAGUCAGAGUACUGCAUGAAAUGGAAAUAUUUGUUAAACUCUUACACAGCUGAAAUGUUAACAAUAAAAUGAUAUUUUCUUGUUAAACUUUCUCUCACUCUGUUGGUAUUGAUGCAUUUGGGACUGAACACCUGUGAAAAAUUUCUGGAGAGUUGCUCUUCUUGAGCACCAGGCCAAUGUCUUAAAUGCCUGGACCAUCAAACAGUACAUAUGAAAUUUGCAUUUUUGUAGUUACCUUCAACUGUAAUUCAUUUUUGAUGUACAGUAUCUUAUUUUUCAAUUAAUGUAGCUCUACAUUUAUUUGACCCUUUAAACCACUAUACCAUGGAUACUAAUAACUAAUAUACAGUAGAGCAUCGAUUAUCCGAUCCCCGAUUAACCGUUAC